AUGAUGAUGAGCGGAAGCGGGCUACAAAGGGAAGUUGCGUUUGCAUCAUCUCAAUUCAUCGUCACAGGAUUACUACCUUACGAAAUUGAGGAUCUAAAGAAAGUGUUCCAAGAAUUUGAUCAGGACGGCAAUGGGAGCAUAGACAUGGAUGAGCUCGAGCUUGUCUUGCGCUCGCAGGGGCAGAACCCGACCAGGGAAGAGCUUCUUGAGAUGAUCCGCGAGGUGGAUGAGGAUUCAAACGAGCAGAUAGAGUUCGAGGAGUUCAUACAAAUCAUUGCCAAGAACAGGAAAGAUGUAGACCUUGAGAAGGAGAUUGUAGAUGAGUUCACGGACAAGGAGAACGGGGUAGAUCGCCAAGAAACGGGCUUCUGCUCCCUGAACGAUCUGAGGGCAAUGCUCAAGGGAUUGGGGGAGAACAUCACGGACAAAGAGGUCGACAUUAUGGUCAAGGAGGCGUUUGUUGAUCGAGACGGUCAAGUCAAUUACAGACAAUUCAUCCAUGGGAUGAUGGGAAAACGUUAG